AGAUACUGGGUAUAGGGAGGUUUGAGCUGACAUAUGCUAUCCCUGAGCAUCCCAAUUGUUUGCUGCAAUCGGAUAUGGAUCUGCGCAUGAUGUUGAUGUGUCUACAAAUGUUAAAUACUAGGAUUGUUGAUAUAUCAGUGAAGGAUCAUGUGAAUUCCAAUACUGAAGGCGCUGGUCAAAAUCAUUCAGGAUCUAAUAUUGUGCCUAUUCAGACAGCACGGUCAACACCUAUGUCUCGCACAGUUGAAAGUCAGAGUGCCACUGGUGACAAUGAACCCUUGGGAAAUUCAACAUCACAUGAAGAUAAAUAUUUGUCUCAAAGUUGGCGGGAAUAUAUUAGUCAUGUUGGUCAGAAAUUUGAGGGAGGAGUAACUGAAUUCCGUAACAAGUUGUGUAUGUAUGCCAUUGAGAUGGGAUUUCGUUUUGUUUACACAAGGAACGAUAAGUUCCGUGUUGUUGCUGAAUGUUUUAAGAAGUCAGAUGGAUGUAGAUGGAAUAUACUUGGUGCCUUAUGUCAAGAAAAUGGCUAUUUCUAUAUAAGGAGUUUGAAUAAAGUUCAUACAUGCACGAGUUGUACAGGUGGGCCGAAAAGUGAGAUGAUAAGUUCAAGGAUCAUAUAUUCUGUUAUUGUGGAUCAAAUCCGUGAAAAACCAACGAUUAAACCAGCAGAUAUUGUCAAGGAUUUUAAACAACUAUAUGGUCUUGAUAUAUCGUAUCAUAUUGCGUGGUAUGCGAAAAAAUUGGCCAAGAGAAAAGUUCAUGGUGAUGAAUCCUUGUCUUAUCAUCAGUUGGUUUGGUAUAGAGACGCUUUAAUGUCUACCAAUCCUGGAUCACAUUGUGUUUUGGAGUCUGAUCCUGAGACUUCACAUUUUCAGAGAUUGUUUGUUUGCUACGGUGCUUGCAUUGAGGGAUUUCAAUGGUGUAGACCCCUGUUGUUCAUAGAUGCUAUUUUUCUGAAAAGCAAAUAUAAGGGACAGCUAAUAGGUGCAACUGGGAAGGAUGGAAAUCAAGGAUAUUAUCCUUUUGCAUUUGCGAUCGUGGACUCAGAAAGCGAUGAAAACUGGAGCUGGUUCUUUGAGAAUUUAGCAAAAGUUUUGGCUCUGGAAGGCAGGACAAUUACAUUUGUAUCUGAUCGGAACAAAGGUUUGAUUGAAGGAGUAUCAAAUAUAUUUCCAACAUCGCAUCAGGCAUUUUGUUUGGACAGUUUGAAAAAGAAUCUCUUUUCAAUAUAUGCUACCUCUGCUAAAUUUUUCCAAGAACGAAUGGUUGAUCUUUUGAUGCAAUGCGCAUAUGCUCCAACGGAAGCUGCCUUUGAGUUUAAUUUGAAAAACUUAAAAGAUGAGGGCGGUGCUCCUAUUAAGACUUUUCUUGAAGAUCUUCCGAAGAAGAACUGGUCAUAUGCUUAUUUCAAAGGAAAUGGAUAUGGUGAGUUAUGUAACAAUGUGUCUGAGUCAUUUACUUCUUGGGUUUCUGAGCUAUGGCCGCUUCCUAUCUGCCAAAUGGUUAAUGGUAUCGGGAUUAAGCUCAUGGAAUUAAUAGCUGAAAGGAAUCAUGAAGCAGAAGAAUGGAGUUCUGUUUUGUGUCCUGAGAUGGAGAGAACUUUGAUUGUGGGUAAGAAUUGGAAUGUUACUUGUUCUAGUGCCUCUGUCUUUGAGGUGCAUGCGGAGGGCACUGUUACUGUUGACUUGAGUAAUCAUAUUUGCUCUUGCCAUGAUUGGCAAAGAAAAGGCUUUCCCUGUGCUCAUGCACUUGUUGCAGUUCAAAAGAAUUCUGGCUGCAUUUAUGAUUAUGUUAGCGAUUUCUUCAAGUCAAGCUACUUUAGAAGUUCGUAUGCAACUCCUAUUUCUACCAUACCCGACAUUGAGAAUGAAAAGCAUGAAGAUUCAGACAACAGGGUUAUCUUGCCUCCUCAUUCCGGGAAGUCUACAGGUCCGAUGGCUAAAAAGCUUAAAUCUGUUGAUAGAUUACCCAGGGCAAUAACAUGUGGUCGGUGUGGUGAAGUUGGACGACAUAACAGGAAGACGUGUGCUGCGAAUGUUUGAUUUAGGUUCUUAUCAGUUCUGUGCAAGUGUUGAAAGAAUUAUGAUUAGGUGUUGAACAUUUUGUUAAUAGGGACUACUCAAAUUUUGAAAAGUUUCUGACCA